UUCGGAGCGACGAAUCCACGAUGCAGCGGGCAUUACACCACAGUCACGAGUCCAGGGGGAUGAGUAUGUCCCAACAGGUCGAGGACGAGGUUGUAGAGAAGUGGUAUUUCUAGGGAGAAGAAUUAUCCAUUGCCGACACUCGUAAAGCAGCUGUUGUGCGUUAGGGUUUGAUCACGUUCCCUAAAUCUGUCACUUGCUACACGUCGCUAUCCAUCGCAAAACGCCAUUUCUAGACGCAUCCGCAAGCAUUGGAGCCGGACUGCGCGUUCGUUAGGCAGGCUUUACUUGGAAGGGUUUGGGGUGCUGAUUGUGGAGGACGGGGGUAGGGAUGGCAGACGACGAAGGGUAUGAGUAUGGCCACUCACCUUCGCAUCGCUCCUACAAUGGCGAUUACGAUUCCGCGGAGCGCAAUGGCGAGAAGAGACGUGAGCGUGCCUCUCGAGAAUCUGACAGGAAUGGAGAGAGCAGCCGAGACAGAGACCGGGACAGGGGCAAAGAUCGUCGCUACAGGGAUUUGGAUGUGGAUCGAGAAAGGGACAGAGACAGGGACAGAGACAGGGAUCGUGAACGUCAUCGUAGCCAUGAUCGAGAUAGACGUAGUCGUGAGUAUGACCGAGACAGGAGGCAUCGGCAUCGUUCUCGAUCCACUUCCCGGGGAAGAUCAAGGGGCUUAUCCAGAUCUAGAUCUUGUUCAAGAUCUCCGUCUCGUUCAAGAAGGAAACAAAGUGGAUUCGACAUGGCCCCACCGGGUGCAGCCGUUGUUUCAGGAGCUGCAUUAGCAGGCAUCAAUCGAGCCCUGUGCCCUCUCCACGAUGCGCAUAGAGUGCCUGCUAAGGUCAAAUUCCUGGGAUCGCACAGCCUAUGCCCGGAGUAUAUCCAGGAAUGUUUCCCUUUGGAGGAACACAGUUUGGAGGUAUUCCUGGAAUGCCAGCACAAGCCAUGACUCAACAGGCUACGAGGCAUGCUCGUCGGGUGUAUGUUGGCGGCCUACCACCUCUGGCGAAUGAACAAACAAUUGCGACUUACUUUAGUCAGGUGAUGGCUGCUGUUGGAGGCAACACUGCUGGUCCAGGUGAUGCCGUUGUGAACGUGUACAUCAACCAAGAAAAGAAAUUUGCAUUCGUUGAGAUGCGAACCGUUGAGGAAGCCAGCAAUGCUAUGGCUUUAGAUGGCAUCAUGUUUGAGGGUGUGUCUGUUCGUGUUAGGAGGCCAAGUGAUUACAAUCCAUCUAUGGCUGCCACUCUUGGCCCAAGUCAACCUAGUCCUCAUCUAAAUUUGGCUGCGGUUGGGCUUACUCCUGGGAAUGCCGCUGGAGGUGCGGAUGGACCUGAUCGGAUCUUUGUUGGAGGCUUGCCUUAUUAUUUGACAGAGAUUCAAAUUAAGGAGUUGCUCGAGUCUUUUGGGCCUUUGCGAGGUUUUGAUCUUGUCAAAGACCGGGACACAGGCAACUCUAAAGGAUAUGGUUUCUGUGUAUAUCAGGAUCCAGCUGUUACAGAUGUUGCUAUUGCUGCACUUAAUGGGUUGAAAAUGGGUGACAAGACUUUAAGCGUGCGUCGUGCUUCUGCCAGUGGACAGCCAAAGCCGGAUCAAGCAAACGUUCUGGCUCACGCUCAGCAGCAAAUCGCUAUUCAGAAACUUGCAUUGCAAGCUAGUGGUGCCAAUGCUGUUGCAUUGGGCGGCAUGGGUUUCCCUGGGCUUCCAAUGAUGGGUGGCAUGUUUUCUGGCAUUGGAGGGAUGUCCCCAGUUGAAACACCGACUAAUGUGGUCGCUUUGACUCAGGUUGUUUCACCAGAUGAGUUGAAGGAUGACGAAGAGUAUCAAGAUAUAUUGGAAGACAUGAAGGAAGAAUGUGGGAAGUACGGUAACCUUGUGAAACUCGUCAUUCCUAGGCCAAGAGAUGGCGAAGACGUUCCUGGUGUUGGCAAGGUCUUUGUCGAAUAUUCAGACACAGCAGGUGCCGCGAAAGCAAAAGCAUCUCUUCAUGGUCGUAGGUUUGGCGGACAUUCUGUUGUUGCUGUCUACUAUCCAGCGGAGAAGUUUUCUAUCGAGGAUUAUGGAGGUUAAAAAAGGCAUUUGCGAGGACCUUAACUUCUGUUAUGAUUAUAGGUUAGAAUGUGUAUGCUAUACUUUCAUGAUUCAAGGAAUAGUAAUUUUGUAAGGAAUUAGUUUCAAGGGAUUUAUGACAGAAAAGCGGUGAACUUCCCAUAAAAAUCGGUUAGCGCAGUGUUCCUCUAGGCUUUUUGAUUACCUAGUUUGUUACUCUUUUUGCAAACAUUGGCAGUGGAGAUUACUCAUGUGUCUCUUAGUGCUUUUUGAUGUAUGGCGUAGACGUGUUGGAAAGCAUCAGCUUACUAAUACCAAUAUUUUGGAUAGUUUUGAUGCUUCUAAUAGCAGUGGCGAGGGUCUAUUAGGUUCGGCUCGUACUUAAUAAUUCAUAGCCUUACAUGCUAAAUAGCAUGGUGGUUUUCAUUCCACCAGGCACAACACAUACCUUAUGGCAUGUUUUGGUUUAAAAUUAUCAGUUAUGUCAUCAUUCCACCAUCUGUA